GAAUUAUACUAUUUUACCUCAGCUGAUUUGCUCGCCAUCUUGACAUGAACAUAAACAUUGAUGCCCUCUGCUCAAUGAUCGUACUAUUACCUCCAAAGACCGAAAAAUUGACACCACAUUACCAAAACAGCCUUAAUCCUUUGUCGCAGCAUCGAGAAAACGGGAACUAAAUGUGUAGGCAAUCAUUGCGCACGUAGCUGAACAUACAUGUCAGUAUAAUGUGGGUUUCUUGAGCACUUGGUUGAGGGAUGGGAGACCUCGGAGGACCCCCAUCUGCAGAGUGAGGGAGAGAGUCUAACUGUAGGUUACAGUAGAAAUGGACCAGGACUAUGAAAGACGCCUGUUAAGGCAAAUCAACCACCAGAACGUCCCGGAGGGCCACCUGUCCAAGUCAGGGUAUGCAGCGUGCAGUCCGGUUACGGUGAAAUCAGGAGACAGGUUUAUCCCCACACGUGCUGGGAGCAACUGGAGCAUAAACUUCCACUAUGCCAAUGAGAACUGUUGGUCACCCAAUCAGAAUCAGCGAGCGAAGGAUGCUAGUACAGACACCGGGAAAGAUGCUGUGGCGUAUGCUGCACUGCUAAGGAAUGAGCUGUUGGGAGCAGGAAUCGAAACCGUGCCUGAUCCUCACACAGAUGAUCGUCGACACACCAUUCUCACACAGGACACACACAGCCUCUUCAGGUACACCAUCUACACAAAGAGAGUGCCUUUUGACAAUGAAAUCUCCCCCUAUUCCCUCUCUCCUCUCAGUAACAAAAGUCACAAACUAUUGCGUUCACCCCGUAAGCCAGCACGCAAGAUUUCCAAGAUCCCGUUCAAGGUUCUUGAUGCCCCAGAGUUGCAGGAUGACUUUUACCUCAACUUGGUGGACUGGUCAGCUGGAAAUCUCUUGAGUGUUGGUUUGGGGGCUUGUGUUUACCUGUGGAGUGCCUGUACCAGCCAGGUGACGCGGUUGUGUGACUUAUCUGUGGAUGGCGAUUCUGUGACAUCAGUGUGCUGGAAUGAAAGGGGAAGUCUGGUGGCUGUAGGGACUCAUAAGGGAUUUGUUCAGAUUUGGGAUGCAGCUGGAGGGAGGAAGUUGACCAGUUUGGAGGGACAUUCAGCACGCGUAGGAGCACUUGCGUGGAAUGGAGAGCAGCUGUCGUCGGGUAGCCGGGACAGAGUGAUUCUACAAAGGGACGUGAGGACACCUCCUCCUGUGGAGAGACGUCUCCAGGGCCACAGGCAGGAAGUGUGUGGCCUCAAGUGGUCACCUGACCACCAGCACCUCGCCUCUGGAGGGAACGAUAACAAGUUAUUAGUGUGGAACAGCUCCAGCCUGCUCCCCGUACAGCAGUACAGCGAUCACUUGGCAGCUGUGAAGGCCAUCGCCUGGUCUCCUCACCAGCACGGCCUGCUGGCCUCCGGAGGGGGAACGGCUGACCGCUGCCUUCGCUUCUGGAACACUCUGACCGGACAAGCAUUACAGAGUACCGACACCGGCUCACAGGUCUGCAACCUGGCCUGGUCCAAACACGCCAACGAGCUGGUCAGCACACACGGCUACUCUCAGAACCAGAUCCUGGUGUGGAAAUACCCAUCACUCACCCAGGUGGCCAAGCUCACAGGACAUUCGUACCGAGUGCUUUACUUGGCGGUGUCUCCGGACGGUGAGGCCAUUGUAACGGGAGCAGGAGACGAGACACUGAGGUUCUGGAAUGUCUUCAGCAAAACACGCUGCACCAAGGAAUCCAAAUCAGUGUUGAACCUGUUCACCAGGAUACGGUAAUUCACAGAAGUCCAUCCAAUCACGUGAACGAAUGAAAGCCUUGAACUCUGUUCUGUGUCCUUACUUCAACUCUAGACCACUGACAGAGAGAGAGACCCCAGCACUUCCUCUACUCUCACUUUUUUUAUUGAGCAGAUUUCUGUUUUACCCCAUAAAAAUGAGUGAGGGCUUGUUGUUUAUGUUAAGAUUCAGUCAGUUCUUCUUAUUAUUGUACAUUGUGGAUGUCCAAACAGAUGUGCUAUUGUAUACGUAGAAGUAUUAAUAGAGAAAUGAACCUAUAUGACCUGUAUUGUCAUUAUCAUGACUUCAGUCAUGAGGUUAUACAGAAAUGGCUUAUGAAAAUUUACAUAUUUUAUAUGUGUGUAUCAAAACAGAUCAUGAAAUCUGUGAGAAAUAAAUACACUUAACACUAA